AUGAAGCUCCUCCCCAAACCUGCUCCUCUUCUUCUCCUCCUCCUCCCACUUGCAAUUCCGGCUCCGUCCGUCGACCGCCUGGCCACCCUCCACUCAGCCACCCACCCGCCCGCCCUCCCGCUGCGGCCGGUCCUCCUCCGCGUGCUGCCGGCGAGCGUCCUCUCCUCCUGCCCUCCCCUGCUCGACUCCCUCCUGUCCCGCCUGCUGGCCUCGCACUCCCCCACGCCCCUCGCCCUCUCCCUCUUCCGCUACGCGCUCUCCCUCCCCUCCUCCUCCUUCUGCCCCUCCCCCGCCUCCCUCUCCACCGCCCUCCUCAUCCUCUCCCGCGCCCGCCGCUUCGCCUCCGCCCUCUCCCUCCUCCGCCUCGUCGCCCGCUCCCGCCCCUCCCUCCUCCGCCGCUCCCACAAGCCCCUCUCCCUCCUCCUCUCCUUCGUCGCCAAGUUCCGCUCCUUCGACGCCGCCCUCCGCGCCUUCGCCCUCGCCGAGCGCGCCUGGGCCCUCGCCGGCGCCCCCUUCGGCCCCGACCACUUCAACGCCCUCCUCCGCGCCUUCUGCGCCCGCGGCCGCGUCGCCGAGGCCCGCGCCCUCUUCCGCCGCUUCCACCCCCGCUUCCCCCCCGACUCCCGCACCCUCAACACCCUCCUCCUCGGAUUCAAGGAGUCCCGCAACCUCCACGCGCUCGACCUCUUCUACCACGACAUGCUGCUCCGAGGCUUCCGCCCCGACUCCGUCACCUACUGCAUCCGGAUCGACGCCUACUGCAAGAAGGGCCGCUUCUCCGACGCCCUCGAGCUGUUCGACGAAAUGGCUGCCAAGCAGAAUUGCUCGCCCACCGUCGAAACUAUCACCACUUUGAUCUACGGGGCGGGGAUCGUGAAGAACCCAUCCGCGGCCCGCCGCCUGUUCGACGAAAUGGGCGAGAGAGGGCUCACUCCGGAUAGGGGGGCGCACAAUGCGCUGAUGGGCGCUUAUGCGAGAGUCAGGGAUUUGACUUCCGCGAUGGCUAUUAUGGGCGAGAUGGAACAGAAGGGGAUUGGCGUCGACGAUGUGAGCUACAACACUAUGUUUUGUGGAUUUAAAAGGGUCGGGGACUUGGAGGGAUUGUGGAAGCUAUACAAAAGAAUGCUGGAGAGGGAAUUCGUGCCGAGGACGAGGACGGUGAUGCUGCUCAUGAAGGUGUUCUGUGAGAACGGGCGGCCCGAUUUGGGUUUGGAGCUGUGGGAUUAUUUAGUCGGGAAGGGGAGCUGUCCUCACCGGCACGCGUUGGAUUUGUUGGUGACGGGAUUGUGCUGCAGAGGAGGUGUGGCGGAGGCGUACCGAUGCUUUAUGCAGGUGGUGGAAAGGGGUAGGGCCCCUUCAGAGAGGGCCUUUGGGGUCUUGGAAGGGUUUUUGACGCGGGCAGGGGAAAUGGAGAAGGUGGAGGAGCUUGGCCAAAUGAUGAAAUCACUGCAACAACCUCUUGAGCCUUCAGAGUGUGAGAUGGAGUAGUGGGGGAAAACAUAUCGGUCUUGCACGUGGAUGGUCUCUCAAAACUGCAAUGAUUAAAUGGGUUGCUGCUUAAUUCUGGAACUGUGAUGGCAUGUUUGUUCACGAAGGAGACAACUAUGCAAUGGAGGUUUGAUAGAGGCUUUUGGUCGAGACAGCGCAGCUUCCUUCAUGAGACGCCUUGGUGGUAAUGCUAUUGGUUUUUGAUGCAACUGAGAAUGCAGAAGCAAAGAAGUCCAUCCGGGUUAUGAAGUGAUUACGGCAUCGUGGCACAUGAACACCCUACGUGUCUUGUGAGUUCCGGCUGUUUAUGUCGUUUUAGAAACAUAGGGGAAAAAAUUAUUAAUUAAAACAUAAUUCUGCUGUUGAAUUUUUAUACAAAGAGGUAUCAUUAUGCAAUAACAUUAUCAAAUUGAGCACUUUGUGCAACAAAUAUUAAUCGUGAUUUUAUUAAUUAAGAUCAUAAGUUUGAUUAAAGCGUUUCCGGUUAUGCUGCUUUCAGCAGAAGAUUUUGUUUAUUUGCAACAUUACAUAUUGUAGAUGCAUAUCUCUUUCCAUUUCCUAGCUUUAUGUAAUGAUUUAAUGGAACAAAAACACUUUUGACUUAAUUUCAAAGUAGAUGAGUGUUUAGUUACUUGAUGACAAUAACUUAUAUGCUGUUCCAUAUCUUCGAAAAUCUAGUAGCUUUUCCUCGCAUUUUCUUAUUUAAUCCACUUUCCAAAAUGGAUGAAAUUCAUGAUGGUAUACACUUAUACUACAGCGUACAUGGAAGAUCAUAUUUGUUUAAAAUAUCUCAACCAUGCAACUAUGUCAAUGUAUAGAUACUAUCAAUGUAUAUUUGCCCUAAACCCUUUGUUAUUUUGCUAACGAAAUGUGAUAGCUUCACUUGCGGGGUUGGUUGGUUAUCUUCACCAUAUCACCUUUGGUUCAGAACAAGUUCAAGCACCCCAUCUCUUGUGCCAGGGUCUGAUCUCAAGACUCAUCAAUAAGAUCAAAUAUAAGGGUGAAAACAAAUGUGGUAGUAUCUGACUGAAUUUGAGUUCCAAUCUGGUCGGAGUUGGAUUAUGAUGAAUGCUUGUCAGCAUGAGCCUCGGCACAACAGUAGCUUUGCUCUGUGUCAACCUGCGCAAUACGUGUUCAAAUCGUGCAAAUAUCCUCUCUAUGGUGGGAACUGCUUAUCUACUGACCUUCUCAGACCCUGCGUGGCUUGGUUUAGUGUCGGACUGCUGCUUUUCUAAAG